AUGUCAAGAGUAACUCGAUUAAAGCACGUCCAGAGAGAAUUAGAUUCUGAUGACUUCAGUUUACCGACAGAAAAACAACAAAUCUGUAGAAUAAUAAGUAGUAAAGGAAAUAACUUGCAUGAAGUUGAAUCACCCAAUGAAAUAGAAGAGAAUUACUUAGUGUCAAUGCCUCCAAAGUUCAGAAAGAAUGUUUGGAUUAAAAGAGGUGAUUUUGUUUUAGUUGAGCCAAUUGAGGAAGGCGAUAAAGUCAAGGCUGAAAUAUGCAGGAUCCUUACACCUGAACAUCAGAAAGAGUUUGAAAAGGCUUUCGUAUGGCCUAAACGAUUCACAAAGAAGCGAGAUCAUGAAAGUGACAUUAAAGAAAAUUCAGAUAGCGAUGAUGAUGAUCUGCCACAAAAUCCAAACAGACGGCAAAACUAUAGAGCAGAUACAUCCAGUUCCGAAGAAAGUGAUCAAGAAGACUGA